UAGGCUAACAUUCGUCUUUCAAGAGGAGGGACGCGGUUGUGUUGUUCAACCGGCAGCCCGGGAUGUCUUGUCGGUCUCCGCCGGGCUCCGACGUGAACAGCCGAAGGAGGAAGAGGCAGGCUGAAGACGCUCAAGAUUCUACAGGGGGACAACAGCAACAAGAUGAUCAGGAAGCUGACGAUGAUGGAGAGCUCCAUCAGUGCUUUGGCAGAGGUCCCCAUUAUCACACAGCAGAGUGUUGCACUGCAGCAGCACACCAACCCAUAUUUUCUUCCAAGUACUCUACAAAAUUCCUGUCAGCACAUGCACAUCCAAGCCAUGGCUCUUGUGAAGAUAGCUGGGAGGAGAUCCAAAGCUUAAGAACCAUUAGAGCGGAGAACGAAGUUGAAGCCAACAAGCUGGUCAACAACUACAGGUUUGGCUUUAGAAAAUGGAAGAGCCACGUGACAGAGCGUCCCUUUGAAGACAGGUCUGAAGUGGUGAAAGAGCUCUAUUCUGAAUUGAACGUCAUUAAGCCACAUACUGGCCCAGGCCAUCUCCUGACCUGUGGAAAUGUGCUUUAUGUGUUUAUAUUUGGUUGGUGGCUCUCGCUUGUGUACCUGCUGGUGAGCACACUCAUGUUCCUCACUGUCAUUGGUGCACCCUACGGUAGGUGGACCAUUACUGGUACAGGAAAGCUCUGCUGGAAGCUGGCCUGUUACUUCCUGUGGCCAUUUGGCAAGUUAGUUUACCAGAUUGGACACAGAUUUCACAGAUGUUGUGAGCUAAUGCCUGACUGUGAGUGUGCUGUGGAAUGGAUUGAGGAUAGCUCUCCGGUGCUGCUGCCAUCACCUACUGAGAGCCCCGUCCCAGAGGAGGCAUCACAGCAACAAGCGCAAACUGGUUACUGGUGUCGUUUCUCCACUUAUUUGUGGCUGUUGCUGGGAUAUCCUCCUCUGGUUAUUAUCCACUCUGUGGUUUGCCUUGGCUCCUGGAUUCUGGUCUUCACCAUCCCUGUAGCCAAGAUGAACGCACGCACUUUAGGCAUCAUCCUUCUCUUGCCUCCAGAGGAAGUUUGUGUGUCAGCCACCUCGCAAAGGAAGUGUCAAGGUUACGAGAGCCGGACACUGCUGUGCUGCUACCAUGCCGCAAACUGGUACUACUACAAGUAUACUGUAGAUGGCAUCAAUGUAUUUGCCGUCAACCUUCUCCCUCUUGUCAUAUUUGCACUGAUAAUCGGGUACAUCGACAGAGAAAAUCGGUACGCCAGCUCUGACGUCAAGUUCGCCAUAGCCAUUGCCUCCAUCAUACCUCUGUCUUACUACAUUGGCAUGGGCAUUGCCAGCAUUUCUGCCCAGAGUAACUUUGCCGUGGGCGCCGUCGUUAACGCCACCUUUGGUUCCAUCACUGAGUUGACUUUUUACAUUACGGCUCUGCUGAGGGGCCACAGGGCAGCCAACCCAUGCCUGCAAGAGAUUGUGAAGGCAGCACUGACUGGCACCCUUCUCGGAUGCAUCCUCUUCAUCCCUGGAGUCUGUAUGAUAAUUGGAGGUUUGAGACAUCGUGAACAAAGAUUUAACAGCCGUUGCACAGGAGUGAGUUCUGCGCUUCUCUUCAUCUCUGUUGGAGGUGUCUUCGCCCCUACGUUGUUCUCCAAGGCUUAUGGGAACUUUGUGUGCGACUCGUGCACCAACUCCACAUCAGCAAACACCACUAGUAACACCAGCGGCCCAUUCAUCUGCCAAAAUUGCCACUAUGAUGUGAACAACAGCACACUUUUCCAUCACCAUGUUGAGCCCCUGGUGUACACUGUUUCUGCCCUCUUGCCCGUGGCUUACAUCAUUGGACUGGUAUUCACACUUAAGACACACUCCCACAUCUACGACAUCCAUGUCGGAGACGGACAAGAAAGGGGCCAGCACCAGCACGGUGGUGCUGUGGUUCACUGGUCCAGAUGGAGGUCUAUGCUAAUCCUUAUCAUGGCCACCCUGCUAAUGUCUGCUUGUGCUGACCUGGCCACUGAACACAUCCAGCCCAUCCUCAAUCAGCCCAACAUCUCUCAGUAUUUUAUCGGGGUCACAGUUCUCGCCAUGGUUUCCGAAAUCCCUGAAAUUGUCAACGGGAUCCAGUUUGCACUUCAGAACAACAUAAGUCUCAGCUUAGAAGUGGGUAGCUGUAUCGCUGUACAAGUCUGCAUGCUCCAGAUUCCAAUCCUGGUCUUGUUCAACGCCUUCUAUGAUGUGGGCUUUGUGCUCUUAUUCAGCGACCUGCACCUUUGGACCAGUAUCUUCAGUGUGAUUUUAGUUAACUACAUCUUCAUGGACGGAAAGUCUGAUUAUUUUCAAGGAACUGCUCUGGUAGUUGUCUAUCUGAUCCUAAUGGCUCUCUAUUACUUUGCUCCAUCACCAGCAGGCUGCUGAAUAAGAGGACCUACGUUAUGACAUUUCAAGUAACUUUUUUUAAGUAAAUAAGCUGUGUUUUUGAUACGCAACCUUCAUUGUCUGUAUUAAGUGGUGGACCAACCAGGACACCACAUUUUAUGUUAAUCCAAGCGUCAAUACAUUAGCAUUUGUGCAAUGUUUGCAAAAAUUACAGGUGUUGCUUUAAAUCCCAAAGACACAUAAAGAGUUUAAAACAAAUGUUAAAUUCUAAUCCUUUCAGGACAUUUUGUCAAUGCAGUAUUUGUUAGUUAAAUGCGCAGCACUCCUGUGACUGUUAUUGUGUAGUAUACAGGCGCGUCUACUACUGAAAUAAGUUUGUGGUAGUUUGAGAUGAACUUGUGUUAGAGCCAACUGUUUGGUUUUUAACAGUAUUUUUAGGUUUUGGAGGGACAUUGGUGGACAAGGUGGAUUGAAAUAAAAAAUUUGUUCUGUCAAUGUGUCAAGAUAUUGAUAUUUUGCAGAAAAGAUACCUGUAUGCGUGAAUGUGGCAAUACAACACCAGAUGUGUUUUGAAAAAAAAUAGUCUGCCCGAGUUUUAUUGCACAACAGGAACUAGAAAAAAUGUACAUCAUCACAUGUGCCUUUAAGGAAACAUUUGUGAAAAGUACAGUGACAUGCCAACAUGCAGUAGAGAUCUCGAACGUCACAACUACAAACAUCUCGGACACGAGCAAGUCCAACUUUGAACAAAUAGAAGGGGACUCUCAGUCAUUUUACACAAUAGUGGAAAACAAAACAAAAAAAAAAACAAUGCGUAAUGUGUCCAGAAGUUUAGUAAAAAUGUGCUUUUCAAACCGUACCAGUUUAGAAAGAAAGUUUCAUAUUACACAUUCAGACAAAAUUUGGUUUAAACAAAAAACAAGAAAACAUCACUAAUAGUAAACAGCAGAGUGAUUUAAAACAACUUAGUCACUUAGAAGUGUAUCCUGUACUCAACAAGCACCGAGUCGAUCGUAAAAAGGAAUUUGAACAUCCAAAAGGCACCAAAAGAGCUGGGGGGAAAGUGUUAAAAAAAAAAUUAAAAAAAAAGACUAGGCACUAGGAAAGUCACAGUGAUGCCAUUAAAAUAAAAUAAAAUCAUAAAUAUACAUUUGGAAAAAUAGCUGUGUAAUACACUCAAACUAAACAUUCUAAUUUAGUCAGACAGAUCCAUGCUCUUGCACUUUGUUGUUCCAACACAAAAAUGAACAAUAUACAAACAAAUGGACCUGUUCGAAACAAAAAAAUGAGUUUCCUUAUUUUGAGUGCAGUGUGCAAACAGUUAUUAAUAAGGCCAUAAAAUCGCAUGUGGUCGACCAAAUUAAAAUUAUCCCUCGUCUGUACACUUUCACAAAAUGUUAAAAGAAACCAGAUCGGGUUGAAAUCCAGAAGACAAGGUUAAAACCAAAUAAUGUUGUAUUAUUUUUUUUAACCCCUAUGGUUCAACAUGCAAUGCUUGCCUUCGUCUGUCCAAUCAUGGAGCGGUUAGUGCUUUCCCUACUUUAGCCGCUGGAUGAGUGUGUGCGGCAGUCCCAGACUGAGCAGCUGUAAUGUGGAGAGCUGAGCUAAGUGAGGCAGAGUCUUCAGUAGUUUCUCCCAUGCAAGCUCUAGCAGGCUGGGCACCACCAGCCACACUUUAUACAACGAGGCUGUACGUCGAUUACCGGACAUGUUCACCACCCCGCCGUGGAUGUACAUGCAGCCCCCCUGACAGAAGGGGGGGAAAAAAUGGUUAUUUUUUUAUUUGUAUUUUUUAAAAAAAAUUUAAAAAUUUUUGUAAUAUCUUGUAAAUUCCCUUUUUUGGGCAAGGGUCUACAGCCCUACUGCAUAACAGUGGCUGUGAGCCAGCAGAGUGACCUUUGUUAAGGACAUUUAGCAGUUGAAUAAAAUCCUAUUGUCAGACUAUGAAUAUCAGUAACCUUGUUGCCGUGCGUGCUUAUGGGGGCGUAAUAGCUUCUACACCUACUGGGCACUCAAUGUAAAAGACUUUUCAGAGACAUUAGGUAGUUCUUUGCACUUUGCACAACCCUUCUAACCACCCAUAACUCACAUUACAGGUACAUGAAGAAGAAUUGGAAGGUAUAAAUGAAAAUAGGAGCAGUGUGAAAUUCCUCCAAUCACUGUUACAGUAUUGAUCUUAUGACUCACAGGCGUGACAGCGGCGCAGUGGAAGUAGGCGGGCUCUGGCAUUACGGCAGGUAGCUUGGUCCACUGAAAAGUGCCAAGGUGGAGCUUCCACAAGUCGGCCAUGAUCAGCUGCCCGUCGUAGCCGCCACAUAUAAACACCUCUGCGAGAUGGAACGGCAAGGUAGAAGUAGAACAUUUCUUUAUUUUUGAAGCGAAAUGGUAGAAGAUUAAUGUUUUAGCCAAGGUUGACAUCAACGAGAUCUUACCAUCU